AUGUCUAUCCGUGCGCUCAGAGAUGCCGAGUCCGUCUUCCGUCUGGAUAAACGUUGUAAGCUGUGUGAACAGGCGCCUCUGUCCUGCGAAGGCAUCACAUGUCCAGCCAACCAGGUCUGCGUGCAAAGUUCGCGGACCUGCGACGAGUGUGCUUCCGUUGCCUGCCAAAUUGACCCCAUCGCCUCGAGUCCAGCCCCUGCCAACAAGACAAAUGUUGGUGCCAUUGCUGGAGGUGUCAUUGGCGGUGUCGCUUUCAUCGCCAUCCUUACUUUUGUUGUGUGGAAGUUCUGCCUAAAGGGAAAGAGAAGGUCCGUGUCCGACGAAGGGGAAUGGCAAUCUGUCGACUUGGCACAGCAGGAGAAGGAAGACAACGACUUCCAGUCACGGCGCAGUGCGCGAGCUUCAACACACACCGUUGCCUCGAUGGCCUCUUCCGUUCUCACCCGUGCCUCCAACAUCAUCCAGAUCGCCUACAUCCCUGGUGUUACCAACCGUUCAGGACCUGGAUCUCCCGACCUACUUGUUCCUCCCGUUCCUCCGAUUCCUUCCAUGUCGCCUUCGUCUGGUAUGACCAGCCCGUACUCCAACGCCGACCAGCACUUUUUUGUGCCCGAUUUCCGCGACUCCAUCAUGUCAGCCAGCACUGUCGGCCGUACGAGCAUCGCCCCGAGUCUCGCCCAACGAGGCAGUGUUGCAUCGACAAUGUACCGACAAAACGCCAUCGUAUCACCACUACCGGCACAGACUAUUGUGCGAGGGAAGGCCGCCGUCGUCAGCGUCAAGUCAACUGCUACCAACAGCCCAGCAGAGACACCCAAGGAAUUCGACACACCACCCGUACCGCAAAUCGACCCCAAACACGGCGGCCUCAAGCCCAUCCGCAUCCAAAUGCCUGGCGUUAGCCCUGCAAAUUCUGUCCGUAGCACCGCGCAACUAGGUGGCGUCAAGGCCCUUAACAUCACUAAGAAGAGGAGCAUGGAUAUCACUCCACCAAAGAGCUCCUCCAACUCACUAGCGAGCGACGACCGAACACUAGUCAACUCUCCCGAAGUUUUGGUUCCAUCAGCGCGACCACUCACUGGUUACUCGACGACCUCGUCUGACGAUGGCGUAGCCCACUCGCGCGCCCGCCGGGGCAGCCUAGCGUCGGAAUCCGGGGAGGAGUCAGAUGACGACCAUGCACGCGCUAAGCAAACAUUGUUCCGCAACAGCUCCACCAGCUCGCGUGAUUCAGGCGUUACUGAGAUCCAGGACAAGACGCCAACCAUGGACCGCAGCCCAUUCACUGACAGCUCCUCGCUCGAACCCCCACGACCGAUGAUGUCGCAACGCAUCACAUCGUACGACACUUCACGCACACCAAUGACACCCAUUGUCGAAGAAGCAGCAUCAAAACGGGGCAGCACUGUAUCCAGACGGGACCAAAGUCCAUUCCACGACAGUAACAAGAGCGAGCUAUAAAUCUACUUGUCCGAACUUCACUGGUCAUUCUUUCUACACGGCGUUUUUGGGAACCAACAAGCAUCCCCCAAGUUUAGCGAACUGGGCAAAGAGCAUGUUUUGACAUCGGCGAGAGAGAUAUCCAGCCACUGCGGCACACACAAACAUCUCCUUAACAACCAACAAACCUUCACUUCUGACAGGUCUGGGCAUGAACAAAUCACAACGGCCGAGAUCUGGCAUCUCGUAUGCAUUUUUCACUCUUCACAUUCUUUUUCUUGUUUAUUGAUAUCCAAAGGAUCUUGUCAUGAUCUCUCUCUCAUCUUUUCUUUUAACGUCUAGCGUUGACACGUGUGCGUGUUUGCGAUGAAUAUCCGGGGUGUGGUAUUCACCCAGGGAUUUUUUCUUCUGGCGGGGUUUAACUACUUCCCCGAUUGUAUGUAACUUUUGUGAGAGAAGGGUGGAUUUUGGAUAAGAUGGGGUGGGUAUGAAAGUACCGCCUUGUGGUGGUAUAGAAAGUAGAAAGGAGUGAGAUAUACCAUUUUAUCUGAGCUAGCCAUCGACAUAUUUACCAGAUAAAUCCAUCUUUGAUUGCCU